UGACAAUGAAAACUCAAAUCAACAGCAACAAAUUUAGUCUCUCUAAAAUCAUCAAAAUGCUGAAAUCAAAGUAGCAGUACCAGCCAUAGAGUUUGAAUUAUUUACCCUAAUGGCCGCCGUAACUAAUCAAAGAACCUUCUUUAAUAUGGAUAAGCUUGGUUUCUGAAUGAAAUGAAAGCAAAAAGCAAGGAAUUUAUAGCAAGUUUUAGAUCAAAGUCAUUUCUUUCCUGAGAAUGAAGUAACUGUAAAAAGGUCCAUCAGUCUUCACCAGAUCAGGCAGAUGUCAUCAAUAAUUUUCUUGCUUUGAACCUCAGCUGAGAAUGAACUUUUUCAGCAUGGUACAUUUUAUUUGAAGAAAGAUAUUCUACAAGUGACAUGGCUCCUAAGAAUUAUUUUGAGAUUUUAGAAAUAAGCAUUGGAGCAGAUGAAAACCAAAUUAAAAAGGCAUACAGGACUUUAGCUAAAAAGUGGCAUCCUGAUAAAAAUAGUAAUCCAGGAGCAAAGGAAAAAUUUCAGGAGAUUGCAGCUGCUUAUGAAUAUUUGUCGAGUAAAGACAGGCGUGAGAUACUUGAGAGAGAUCUUCAGCGCUCAAAUACUCAGUCACAGGAAAAACAAGCACAACCAGCAAGUACUUUCAAACAAACUGCAUCACAUCCACCAGAAAGCUCUUCACAGUCAAAAACCAAGAAAGCCAAUGCUGCUUCUUGGUCUGAGACAUUCACAAAGAAUUAUAGAAGUCAAAAGACCAAGCCAAAUGCUGCCAAUGAGAAAUCACAAACUGGAUCUGGUGAGAACAGCAAUUACAAUUUUAAAUUUACAGACUUUAAAGCUUAUAGGACACCAAGUCCAGUGUCAGAAACAGAAAACUUGUUUGAUGAUCUGUUUGGAGAUUUACGAAAUCCUAGAGGAUUUUCAGUCUCUGGAGGUCUCACAGGCAGUUCAAGGAACACCAAGAAGAAAAAAAAGCCUAAACCUAGGCAUGUUGCACCUGAAAGAGGUUCACCAACAGGUUUAGAUGAAGAAUAUUUGUUUACUCCAAGGCAUAAGAAUCAAGAUGAAUAUGAAGAAAAACUCUCUUGUCCAUGGUGUAAUCAGGCUUUUACCAGAGGAAAAUUGAGUCAGCAUGAAGAAAAGUGUGGAAAGUUUGGCCUGAGUGCAGAUGAAGAAUCUGAAGAUGAAGCUGAUGCAGACCUAGACUACAUUACUACAAUCAGUAAGCCUAUAUACUCCUGGAAACCAGUCUGGCAACAGCAGCAGGAUGAAUUGAGAGAUCAAAUAAGAAGGGACAAAUCUCUUUACAGAGAGCACUUGGCUAGUCAUGACAACAAAAAUGAAGGUCUGAUCAAAUGUCCUUACUGUGAACGUCAAUUCAAUUACACGAGUGCCAGCAAACACAUACCUUGGUGUAAAGAAUACGUUCAGAAAUAUGGCAUCCCCAUGAGUAGAAGAAGCUCAUUAGAGAAAGAUAGUCAAAAUAAAAGAAUCAGUGAAAGUGAGUUACUGUACGAAGCUUUUGGCAAGAAAAAAACUCAAGACACUGGAGCUGUGAGAGAGAGAAUGAAAGAGUAUGCCAGUAACAGACUUAAGCCUGGACUUAGUAGAGAGCAUAGACAAGAAGAUUUCUUUGUACCUGGUAACAGUAUGCCCUAUAUGAGAGAACAGCCAGAUCUUUUUGCAGACUUUACAGAAGAUGAAGCAUUUAUUUCAGGAAGGGAUUUAGAUCCUAAAUUCAGCAGAUCUUCAUUUCAACACAACAGGACGUUUACAGCUGGUGCCCACCAAUAUGGCACCAGUACUCCACAAUAUAAAAUGCACACACAAGGUUUAUAUGGGAAAAAGUUGUAGAACGAUUCAUUGCAGUUAUAAAACAUUCUAUAUAAAUCUUUUUCUAUAGAACAAUGAUCCUGUAAUCAAAAUGGUAAAAGCUCAGCUUUGGUGUAAGAUAAAAAAAGACUGAUAUUGUUCCUGCCUAUAAAUAAAUAUUCCAAUUUAAAAUGCCAUGUUUUUGGCACUGCAUUGCAAAAAGAGCUUUAAACGUAUAUUACACAUCAGACAUUUUGUGAUGCAAAUGGAAAAAGAUGAUAUAAUUUUAAUGCUGUUAUGAUAGUCAAGCCCGGAGUUCAAUAAUAUUUUUUUUUUCAAAUGUUGCUACUUAAUUCUUUCAUCAGUAAUUGACACAAUGAUUAUUUUACUUUUGAAGUAGGCCUAUUUAUGUCAUAAUUUACAUGUAAAUUUUUUGCUUAAUUCUAUGUAGAUCCACUGUGUUAAACAAUUUAAUUUUUUCAUUAUGUGCAACAUUUAUCAUAACAUUGAUAAUUAAUUUGUAUUUUUCUUCCUUGUUAUAAAAUUUAAUGUCAUUAGGUAUGUUGUGUUAUGUCUUGUGUUCAUUCAAGACUGUCACUGCAAAGAUCUUAAGUCCAAAGUCUUCUAGCCAUUAUCACAGCAGCCAUAUUAUAUCCUUUCUGAGUUUUUUUUAGUAUAAAAUAAGUCUCAAAUUCAAAUUAAUUUUGCUAUGGGUGUAAAAACUUUCUCUUUGUAAAAAACAAUUGCAGGGGGAGGGGAUGGCUUUUAACAUUCUUGAAUACUGUAUUUGCUUUUAUGAUAUGGCCUCCUUCAGUUGCGAAGCGACUAUGGUUCAUCUCAUGGAAAUGAGAUGAAUGCCUGGGCGUUAGCUGUGGUCGGAACAAUGUCGCCCACACAUCAGUUCCCCCCUCUCCACGUAGCUGAUAUAUCCAAAGGAACGGCAGUGCCGAUACAGUUUGGGGUCAGCAGCGUCGCAGGUUCUGCCAGAGUGUAGCACUGGGUGCUGCAAACUGCCUUAGGGUUGCCAGCUCCUGAUUUUUCCUCAGGGUUGACUCCCGAAGCCUUUCCCAUGAUUGGGUAUAGCUGCAAGGCAACAGAGGUUUGAAUUCAGUUUUCCUUGUCCUAGGUGGGUAGCCAGCCAUGGCUAACGAGCCCCUCCUGCCUGAAGCUCACUGGUUAAGGCGCCAGUUACUCGCCUUUGCCCCUUCUCCUGUUAGUGAGAACAGUUCCACCGGACUUGAUAUCUGAGCCACACAUGAAGGCCAGGAGUUGGACUGGUUGUCAGAGGCUAUUUGAGAUGCAUGCCAUUAGGAAGCAUUUUAUAGGUAGUGGAAUGCUUACAUCCAUUACCACUUCCGGCAAUGACAACCUUGCUUUUAUCCAUGCCUCAAUAUUGUGUUUGAAUAUCAUAAGUGAGAAACAUUUCAUGUAUGUGGAAUGACAAAGUCAAAUUGUUAGAAAACAUGUUUCUUGUAUUUUCAAAUCAAAUUGUUAUCUAUAUAUGCUACAGCUGUGAUACAAGUGAUGCAAUCAUUCAAUUUGGUUCAUAUUUUUAAAAAUAUUUUGAAAUACUAAUUAUAGAUCCUUGACAAGAUGAGUUGCUUACCUUGUGGAUUACAUUGCUCACAUUCCUAUUUUCAAAGAAUGUUUUAGUAAAAAAUAUUUUGUAUAUUAUAUGUAGGCCUACCUCAUUUUAAGUGUUUUUUAAGUUCCAAUCAGUGUUGACCUUAGACAUUUUUAUGCUGCUGGCAGUAACAAAAAUGCUAUCCCAUUAAAAAUUUUAUUUAUAAAAUAUUUUUAUUACCCUGUUUAAAUGUUGUUGUUUUUUAACUCAAGCUAAAAAGUAAAAAAAAAAUAAUAAUAUUUUGGCUAAACAACUAAAUUUUAUUCAAAUUUUUUAAUAAUAAUUUUCUCUGUCUAAAACUAUAUAAAGUAUGCUGACUGGAAUAUGCUUUUCUUAGAUUACAUGUAAUAAGAUUUCACAAUUUCUUUAUAUCAUUAAAAUAAUGUUUAUUUACUUUUUAAUUUUAUUUGUCAUGGGGGGUGGAGAAAUCUUUACUGUAAAGGAUUUCUCUUUAGAUAUUUGACUAUACUGCAGAUAGCUUUAACCAACACAUAUAAAUAUAUUUUUUUAACUAUUAUUUC